AUGAAAGAGGAUAUCGACACACUGAAGAAUGACUGGUUGACGGACAACCACUAUACGGCCACACCAAAAAGAACUUUCGUUCGGCGGGCUGACAGCGUCUACAGGUACCUCGAACGCGAAUACCUCAAUCAAUACAAAAAUGCCCACAUCGUCCUCCUCCGCCCAUCCAUGUCCUUCAUGCUCAUGCAGACCCCUGACCCUCACACACUCAAAGAAGCCCUCCCCAAUUUUUCGCGUACAACUCACAUCUUCCUCCCCAUCAACGACUGCCGCAAUCCCUCAAUCGCCGAAGGCGGCUCGCACUGGUCCCUGCUCCUUGUGAGCGUCGUCGACGGCGUGGCAUUUCACUAUGAUAGCCUCAACCCCGCAAAUAGAAACGAAGCUGGGUUGGCAGCGAGAAAGAUUGGUCAGUUGUUAGGAAGACAGCUCCAGUUCAUCGAUCUGGCGGAUUCCCCGCAACAGGAGAACAGCAGUGAUUGUGGGGUUUUUGUUUGCAUACAGAUGAGACAUUUGCUAUUGAGAAAGCUGCUGAUGGCGCAUGCGAAGGAGAAGGUUAGUAUGAGCAUGGGAGGGAAGAGUGUGGAUGCUACGCAAGGGAGGAAAGAGAUGCUGAGGAUUAUUGAGGGGUUUAGAAAGGAAGGAGAGAGGCGGAGGUCGUAA